CUAUCACAUUAAUACAUUAUCCGCGAAUCCAUUGUUCGGGAACUAACUUAACUAAAAAUUAGUAACGUACAGUAGUGUUAAAAACAAGAAUCUGUGGUAACGAUUAUGUCAAAUCGGCGCGACGGUAUGUCGUCGAAACAAAUCUAUGAUCUCGACACCAUAUGGGGAGAUUUGAAGAACGGAAUUGAGCAUGUGUACAAUCGCCAGUCGAUGCCUAAGCCCCGUUACAUGGAGCUCUAUACUCAUGUUUACAAUUACUGUACCAGUGUGCAUUUAAACCCCAAUAAAAACGCAUCCGUAACGAGUAGUCGUUCCAAAAAGGCAUCGUCAACGUCCACUGCACAAGUUGGUGGUGCUCAGUUGGUGGGUCUAGAGUUAUACCGUAGGAUUAAAGAGUUCUUAAGGCACUACCUGGUGGACUUGAUCAGCCGUGGUGCUAAUUUCAUGGACGAAGAUGUACUGUCUUUCUAUACUCGUGAGUGGGAAGACUAUCGUUUCAGUUCAAAAGUGUUGAAUGGUGUAUGUUCAUAUCUUAAUCGACAUUGGGUACGCAGAGAAUGCGAGGAAGGCCGUAAAGGUAUUUAUGAAAUUUAUCAAUUGGCAUUAGUGGCAUGGCGAGACUGUCUAUUCCAGCAAUUACAUAAACGUGUUACUAAUGCCGUCCUAAAGCUGAUUGAACGUGAACGAAAUGGUGAAUCAAUCAACACACGUCUGGUUAGUGGUGUAAUUAACUGUUAUGUUGAGCUUGGCUUAAAUGAAGAAGAGCCAACUCUAAAAGGUCAGAGUUUGACAAUUUAUAAAGAAUCUUUUGAAAAAACAUUUUUAGAAGAAACUAAAUGUUUUUAUAUUAAAGAAAGUGAUCAAUUUUUGUCUAAUAAUACAGUAACAGAGUACAUGAAAAAGGCAGAACAACGUUUACAAGAAGAACAAAAGCGAGUGCGAGAUUAUCUUCAUGAAACCACAUUAGUUGGUCUUGCAGAUACUUGUGAAAGAGUGUUAAUUAGAAAACACAUGGAAAUUUUCCAUGCAGAAUUUCAAAAUUUAUUAAAUUUCGAAAAGAAUGAUGAUCUCGGUCGAAUGUACCAGUUAGUUUCACGUAUACAAGAUGGUCUUGGCGAGUUGAAAAAUAUACUCGAAUGUCAUAUAUUGGCACAGGGUCAAACUGCUAUCGAAAAAUGUGGAGAAAUGGCUUUUAAUGAUCCAAAAACCUAUGUCAGUGUUAUCCUAAAUGUACACAAAAAAUACAAUGCACUGGUUGCCAUAUCGUUUAAUAAUGAUUCAGGAUUUGUUGCUGCUUUGGAUAAAGCUUGUGGAGGAUUUAUCAAUAACAACUUAGUCACAAGACAAUACAACUCAAGUUCUAAAAGUCCGGAAAUGUUAGCCAAAUUUUGUGAUCUGUUGUUGAAAAAAUCUAGCAAGAACCCAGAAGAAGCCGAACUUGAAGAUACAUUAAAUCAAGUAAUGAUUAUGUUUAAAUACAUCGAGGAUAAAGAUGUGUUCCAAAAGUUCUAUAGCAAAAUGCUUGCCAAACGACUCGUUCAACACAUGUCUGCCAGUGACGAUGCUGAAGCCUCAAUGAUAUCUAAGCUGAAACAAGCCUGUGGGUUCGAGUACACUUCAAAACUUCAACGUAUGUUUCAAGAUAUUGGUGUGUCUAAAGAUCUUAAUGAGGCUUUUAGAAAGCACGUAUCAAACUCAAACAUGCCUCAUGAUAUCGACUUUAGCAUACAAGUAUUAUCAUCAGGUUCAUGGCCUUUCCAGUAUCUUCUUACAUUUUCACUGCCGUCCGAAUUGGAACGAUCCGUUCAAAGGUUUACCCAAUUUUAUAGCGCCCAGCAUUCAGGGCGUAAACUUAACUGGCUGUAUAAUAUGUCCAAAGGUGAAUUGGUUACUAACUGUUUUAAAAAUCGGUAUACAUUACAAGCCUCCACUUUUCAAAUGGCCGUUUUAUUGCAAUUCAACCUACAAGAGUCGUGGACAGUUAAUCAGCUAUCAGAAUCAACACAGUUGAAAACUGAUUAUUUGAUACAAGUUGUACAGAUAUUGUUGAAAGCAAAACUCCUAACAUGUAAUGAAGAUGAGGCGAAUGUGGAAGGUAAUUCCCAUGUAAAGCUUUUUCUCGGGUAUAAGAAUAAGAAGUUGCGCGUAAACAUCAAUGUUCCAAUGAAACAAGAAAUAAAACUAGAACAAGAGAGUACACACAAGCAUAUCGAGGAAGACAGGAAAAUGCUUAUACAAGCUGCUAUUGUAAGAAUUAUGAAAAUGCGCAAAGUCAUGAAACACCAACAGCUGACAGCUGAAGUUUUAACACAACUGUCAUCAAGAUUUAAGCCUAGAGUCAAUGUUAUCAAAAAGUGUAUAGACAUCCUGAUCGAAAAAGAGUACCUAGAGAGAACCGAGGGACAGAAAGAUUCGUAUAGUUACUUGGCUUAAGUGACAAUUCGUUUAAAAUUUCUAUUUACAAAUAUUUUGUAUUAUGUUGCAUAUUUUACUAAUAUUUUUUAUUCUUAAGUGUAAAAUAAAACGUUCUUUAAAAGAUGAUUUGACCUAAUUGAUCGAUAACCCAAUCAUUAUUAUGUGAUUUACCAAUUUAUAUUUGUUCCGCAGAGAUGUCAACUAUGUCAAAUUAUGUCAAUAUAUUAAAUUCUGUAAAUAUAUGUGUGUGUGUGUGUGUGUGUGCAUGUAAUUAUGUGUAUAUGUACGUAAGCGUCCAUGUACAUAAUAAUAUGGUCUUUCUUUAUUUCUAUUCUAGAUAAACAUUAAAUUCAUACUUAAAAUUAUAAAA